UGGUCAGACCAGGGAGGAUGGAGAGAGUCAGCAUUGUGUGGAGACAUUGACGACCGUCUCCUCACUGUUUACUGAGACACUGCCAGCAGAUACAUGUGUCAGAGAGAGGGUUUGGCACUUCUCAAAAGUUAAAUUCAACGAAAAUAGGACUUGAUUUUCACAAUCUUGGAAUAAGGAAGCUACUUGCAGACGUGCUUGGGGAGUUCCAGUUCAUUUUGCGGUUAACCUGUGGAAUAAGAGAGACUGAGUGUGAAGAAAUGGAGAACAGGAGGAAAGGAGAGAUGAGGACACAGAGGAAAGUCUCUCAUAUGUGUUUGCUGCUUCUGGCUCUGCUCCUACUCAUCACACCUUCCUCAGCUCAAAACACCACCGUCGCCACCACCACCAUCUCCUCUGUCGGAACCACCAACCCUGCAGCACCCAGUUACCUCACACGCCCAGCUGACGUCACAGUGGCUGUGGGAGAACCUGCAGUGUUUCGCUGUGGAGUUCCCGAAGAUUCUCCCAGCCUCACCUUCAUCCUUUACGGGAGUCACGGCAAAUAUAACCUCACCUGCCCUCACGGCCAUGUGGAAGAUAUCCCCCAGGCUCUCUAUGGAAGCUGUGAUGUGGGGAAGGGAGAGUCACUGGCCGUGUGGACCCUCAGGGGAACCUCUUUCUCCGACAACGGCACACGAGUCCUUUGUCAGCAGUCGAGGAAUCCUGAUGCACCUGCUGCUGUCCUACAUGUUUAUGACAACGGCACCAGCUACACCACUCUCAUCAGCUGUAGCAUUGGGGGCUUCUUUGGUAUACUGUUGGUGUUUGGUUUGUCUUACACGAUGCUGCGGAGAUCUGAGACCUUGCAGAAGUGCUUCAGGGGAAAAGAAACAGAAGAUGAUAUGACCACAAUAGUAACAAAGGACUGACAGGAGACAGAAAGCUGAGGAAGACUGUAUUUUAGCAAGAGAUGAUGAAAAUGUAGUCAGGGUUCACCUUCACACACACAGGAUACAGCAUGGACUGCUUUUAUAAUGAAAUACCUUUGACCAAUCCAAGUGAAGUGAAAGUUGGGUUGAACCCAGGUCUGGAGAUGAUGACUGAGGUCCGAUCCAGUCUUUCACUUCCUUUUUCUGCCCUCAAUAAUUGAACGUUGUUCACACAAUCCACCAAAAUGAUUGACCCUUCCCCACUUGUGGGAGGUCAUAAUGUGCACUGCCUUUACAGACACAUGUAAAAUCUGUUGUUGUGAUUACUGUAUGUAGUAAAGCCAGGAUAUGAAGAACAGUCUGUUGUUUAAUCAAAUGUUCAUUAGUUUUUCCCACUUGUAAGAAAAAGAGUGUGAGUGUUGCUGCCGGUUAAAGUACUGACUGCAGCAGUAAGCGGAAGCAGAGGUUCUGAAAAUGCUGAGAAAGCGACCACGAAGAGAUUUUCUGCAAAGUCACCAGUUAAAUGAGGAAUAGGAGAGCAGCCUCUCUUUGUGUUAGUACAUAUGAAUAACAGCUCUAUAACAAACUAAUGGAAGUAAAGAACUCACUGAUGAAGAUCCCAGUGCCUUUAAUACCAGGUCAGUCUGCUACACUUUCACAGUCUGUCCACUGGAGGGAAGCACUCACUGAGGCGAUAACAAGCCACACUUUAAAAAUGAUUGUAAAUGAUAAACACUAAAACAGCCAUUUCUGACUUCAUUAGACCACGUUGCACUUUUUUGUCACAUUAAUCAAUUAAAACUCUAUAUUUAAUUUAUAAUCCUUUAUUUGCAAUUCUUAUAUCCUGUUUUGCUUCAUUGUUUCCUGUUACCAGCUCCAGCUUGAUCAGCUGGUGACACUGUACAUGAGAUAUACUUUCAAAUCAGAGCUUUCUCUCAGUAUGUUGUCCCACACCAAAUUAAAGUUCUGUGAUGUCAAAACAAAAACUGAGUGCUCUUAAAAUGUCUGGCAAUCUUAAGAUUGUAUGACCCAAACUAAUUAAAGGAAAGGGAAAGAUGCAAUGACACCAUCAACAAUCUGCCAUCAGAUGGUCAGAUUCAUACUGUAGUAUAGUAUACUGUAUUUCCAGUCUUGUGCACAUUUUUGGUGAAUUCUUUCCUUUAAAACUUGACAUUGUGCACCAGAGAGUUCUGCGAUCCCUAUAUGACCUUUGCAUGUAUGUAUGUAUGACCCUACCAUUGUAGUACAUGAAGUACCUGUGGCACAAACCAGCACUGACAUGACAAAUGUUGUAGUCUAAUACUGUACAUGCAGCAUUUUUUUAUUUACACUGUUGCUCAUAAAGUUGGAAUAAAAUAUUUUUUUACCUCUUUCCAUGAAAUGAUUGUGACAAUGUGAUUUAUUUCAUUUCACCUGGGUAAUUGGGACACAUAAUGUAAUCAUUGCACCUGGUCAAAGGUGAUUACUGAUGCAUUUAAAUAGGAAGAAACAGAGGAUUGUGUCUGAAAACAAAAUUAUUCAAAUUUUAUGGGCAACAGUGUAUAUCUAUCUGAACACACAGAUUUGAAUUGAAGUUUCCUCCUUUAAUAUGCAGUACUCUAUGUGUAAAUGUUAAGACUGAUUAUAUUAGAAACACUCACACUGCAACAACUGCACUUCAUAUUCAGCCAUGUAGACACAGCAGCAUACGACUGGGUCGGACAGUUUGUUAACAGGUGGUGGGCACUUUAUAUAGAGGCUGAUAGAUUGUGAAUUAAUGUGGCUAAUUUGGAUGUUAUCCCUCUAUCCCUUCAUCAUCUCUUAAUCAUCUGCAUUAUUAAUCACCUGCUGCACAGUUAUAUCAUAAAUGGUUGAUUAUUCUCCAUGUCCAUAUAAAAGGUAGAGUAGCUGCAAUUAUCCUAAAGUGCAACAUCAUGUGAAAGACAGAGAGUAGCUACCAGAGCAAAGAUAGACACACUGAUCAGUAAACUGAUGAACACAGUGUUGGUGUGUCUUUGCUCCCUCCUGGUGGUGAACUCCUUACAUGUAAGCUUGUGUCAGGGUCAGUAUUUGGCUUUGAUUUCCUUUGUCCCUCCCACUUUAUGUUGUUUUACGGAACAAAGUAAAAAACACAAAAGGAGUCAAUGUCAAUCUACAUCAUCCACUUCAGCCUGCUGUUUUAAUGUUGUAUUCUGUUCCCAAAUUCACUGAAAUGUUACUACACAAACACAAAUUACCUGCACAGUUUCUUGGCCAUUGUAAAAAUUCAAUUAACUGAGCACUAACCAAUGAAUGUGACAUACUGACUAACUGUGGUCUUCACUCCCCUGACUGUCUUGUGACACCCGAUAGAGCCAGCAAAGCACACGCACACACACACACACACACACACACACACACACACACACACACACACAGCAGGACAGAAUUCUCCCUCGUCUUUUAGUUGAUACAACAGAAGUAGUAUGGAGCAACGUGUUGACUCAGCUGUUCAGCUACACCUCAGUUCACUCCAUGAUGGCUCUCUGUCAUAUUCUGAAGUCUGGUCUCUUCAUGUCCUUAACAACUUAAUAAAGUCUUGUCGUGAUCGCUAUGCAAUGUGACCACAUAAAUUUGAUGUUU